AACAGCUCCACCGUUCGUCCCGGAUACACGGCCGGUCACUUGACUGCCCCCUCCAUGACCUGUAGCCUCCCUGUUGGCGCGGGAACCAGUUUCCUGUCCACCGGGACCCGACUAAACUGCACAGGCACUAUUGAUGAGGAGAAGUCUAACAAUGUUGACGGAACGCCUACAGAACGCAGGCAGGAGAAUGGUCUUCACCUUUCGAACGGAUAUGGUCUAACGCAGUCCCAGUAUUCGCCGCAGCGCACAACACGACCCUCUUUCCGCACCAAUGGUGCGGGGGGCGACGGUGAACGGGACCUUGAUCACAUCAUCGGCUCAAGCCCCAGCUACCCCAGUGUCCUCUACGCCUCCACACCAAGUGCCGUCUUUAAACAGGUGCCACCGCCUCCUGUCAGGGAGGUGUCUUACAAGGACUUGACGUCGGGCGGAGGCCAGUGGCCCAAAGGUCUGGAUAUAACCAAGUUGGAGACCUACCUUUCUGACGCUGAAUUCAACAGCGUCUUCAAUCUCAGCCGAGUUGCAUUCUAUCGGCUGCCAGAGUGGAAGCGAAACGAUUUGAAACGACGCCCCACAACAACAGAAACACGAGUCAACAACGCGGACUGGCGCCAGUCGGUGAACAAGGGGGAGAUACUUCUCACUGCACCAACCCUUUCACCACCCGCAUUUCCCGAGCUUUCACGCGUUCACCGUGCAAACACGUACGGGAAGUAA